CCAAGAGUUAUCGCCACCAGCUCCCUAAAGGCGGCGUUUGCGUUUUACUUGCGAGCCUAUGGGCUUCACUGGCUUGAUUUUGAGAGGCCCAUUAAUACUUUACGCUUAGCGGAAGAACAAAAUAGACACUACUAUACUAAAACUAAUCGUUGUUCAUAUACUAUACAAUCAAAGAUAGAUAGGGUGGUAGCUAAUGCGGAGUGGCAAGAUUUAUUCCCAAAAGCAUGUGUCAAACUAUUUGAUUGGAUAGGAUCUGACCAUAAGCCACUUCUUCUUAAUACAGGAGACAGAAAAUAGAAAAGAACAAGACUCUUCAGAUAUGAUAACAGAUGGAAAUUCAACAAAGAAGUCCAAAAGGAGAUUCAACUCACCUGGGAGGCAAAGUGUCAGCACUUACCUGGUAGCCGCUUCCAUAUUGCUCUCAAGAGAUGCAGAUCAAGUCUAGCCAGAUGGAAGUCAAAAUCCGCUACAAACUCAGCAAAGAAGAUUGAAAAGCUGAAGAAUCUCCUAAAAUCUGCGUCAACUCAAGAGAUCAUGAAGCAUCUAAAGCCCAAGGUCACAGACGAAAUUAACAAGGACCUCACCAGACCUGUCACAGAAAAUGAACUCUUCCAAGCUAUCCGACAGAUGGACAGGGAGAAAGCUCCAGGCCCCGAUGGACUAAACUAGGUUUCUUCAAAGAUCAUUGGGAGACAAUAAAAACAGCAGAAGAAGGAGAAUGCAGGGAACUAAUGCAAAUCUAUGAAAAAGCUUCAGGAAAAGAAGUUCUUCUGAAAGCCGUUGCAACAGCCAUUCCAGCAUAUAAUAUGUCUUGUUUCCUCUUGCCCAAAAGAGUACUAAAUCAAAUGACAAAAGCCAUGAGAAAAUUCUGGUGGUCAAGCGCCAAAGACAAACAGGGGAUACCUUGGAUAGCUUGGAGCACAAUUGCAGACUCUAAAAGCUUGGGUGGACUAGGUAUAAGAGAUUUAACGGAUUUCAACAUAGCUCUUGUUGCAAAACAGAGCUGGAGAAUACUUCAGAACCCAAGCUCACUGCUUAGUAGAGUCUACAAGUCAAAAUACUUUCAAAAGACGAGUCUCCUCCAGGCGAAACCAAAAUCAAAUGGCAGCCACGCAUGGAAAAGCAUACUAAAAGAUCCAGAAGACGUAGAGAUCAUCAAGACCAUACGACCGUCAAUCACAGGAGCUAGUGAUUCUACUUUCUGGAUCCACACAAAAGAUGGUCAAUAUUCAGCCAAAUCAGAGAACUUGCGCAAAAGAAAGAUGGUGGCAGAUAGCACAUGUCAGCUAUGCGGUAAACAUCAGGAGACAACGAACCAUCUAAUCUUCCAAUGCAGAGCCAGUAAGGAAAUAUGGAGCAUGACACCAUCCAUCCAAAUAUCAGAUGGUUCAUGGACGUCACCAACGAACAAUGCUGGCAUUGGUUGGACUCUAUUUAACACUGACGGAAGAAUUAUAUUAGAAGGAAAAGCUGCAAUAGAGCCAGUCAACUCCCCACUAGAUGCAGAAGCUGAAGCAUUGAGAAUGGCUGUAGUUCAAAUGAGGAAGCUAGGAUAUCACAUAGUCACCUUUUAUGGAGAUUCCUCUGAAAUCUAUGACACUUUGUCUAAUUCUCAUCAAGCUUCACCCAGCAGCAUCAAAGGAAAUCACUGCCCAACUUACAUGAAAGAUAUUGCCAAUCUGGCAAAAGAGAGUAAUUACAACUUAGGCUUUCAAAAAGUCAAAAGAACUUGUAAUGGUGUUGCAUACAAAUUAGCUAAAGAGGGUAGGAUUACAAACUCAGGUUAUGUUGUAAGAUGGAAAAACAAUGUGUAAUGUUUUGUAUUGUAUAAUAAAAAGUAUG